GCAGAGCCCUGCCCCAAGUGCGAGCACCCCCGCGCCUACUUCAUGCAGAUCCAGACGCGCUCGGCCGACGAGCCCAUGACCACCUUCUACAAGUGCUGCAGCCCCCAGUGCGGGCACCGCUGGCGGGACUGA